AUGAACGUUUCGCAAUCUGUGCUGGAGCUUCCUCUACCACUGCUCCUUCUCAUACAUUUACAAAUUUUGCAAUAUCCACUCACCAACAAUGAGGAUUUCGACAUUCACAUCUUCGAUGCCCAGAAACGCAGACUACGUGCCAGGAUCAAGAUGAUGGAAGAUCUAGGAUAUUGGCUGAUUUUUCCAGUAUACCCAUGUAUUAAACCAUCCGAAACAAUUGCUUUCAGAACUUCCUUUGCAAAGUAUCUCGAAGCCCUUAGACAAAGUUGUAUAAAGGAAAAUGCCGCAUCUUCAGUGUGGUGGAGGGGUGUUCAAGUCCGCAAAUCGGUGUUGGAAGAGUGCACCGGGGAAAAGUUCCUUCGUUUGCUUCUGGCCUUUUCUACGCAGGUACUCUUGAGGCUUUCGCCCAAUCCUCACACCUUGUCAUUGCCCGAGCUAUAUUAUUCAACCCGUCUUGCUUCUACGCAAGCUUCUCAACGAAAGUGGAUCAAAGUCGCGUCAAACCUGCUAGAGCGGGAACAACGCCUAAUGGAUACUAAGAUAAUUCACACUUCAACUACGUCUCCAUUCCAAUCGAAAUUUCAAUGUCUCUCUACGCCGCGUUUGGUUGCUCUCAAAGACUCGAAACUUCAAGAUGUCCUCAGUCAAGAAUGUUGGAGGGGCGAAUCAGCGCGGAAAAUCCUUGAAUUCUUCGUUACCCUGGCAGGGCUAGGAUGUGGUCCAGCUGAAGACGGAAAACAUUGGGAACCUUCACUAAUCGGUACUCUUUCUCAUCUAUCCCAAUCACCGCGAACCGAAGUACAACUCCUGCCAGUAGCGGCUUCCCGACACCUCUAUUAUCUACAACAAUUGAAACGUCCUGUAUUUUCUCUUGCCGAAGCUGAACUCGCUGCAGCUGCUAAAAAGGCAAAGACACCGAAUUCUAGCUCCGGGAAUAUGGCGCUACAAAAUUCAGCUCAGCCGGAAUUUGACUACGCAGUGUUUGCCCUCCGACAUCAUCUCGCAAAUGAAGAAAGCGUUCGUGUGGCGUUCGACCGCGCGCUGAAGAGGCUUGCGGCAAAAACAAGCAAACUCCAAGAAAAAUCAAAUGAGAAAAAAUUCAAACCCGAUGCUCUCGCUGGCAGGGCGGAUAAAACAAAGCUGCAAAUGUUGCCCAAAUCUAGUUCUUGUAUGGUCCAUCUCCCUGCUACUGAAGUGAAUGCGGUGAAUGUGAAUGUGGUCAAAGAGUUCUCGUUCUGGGAAGAUAAAUAUAAUUUUGACGAGAAAGGACGGCGCUUGCUACAGUUGAAUUUCGAUCCUUGUUUUUAAAACUUCCUGGUUCAUCUCUCGUUCUUCACAAAGUAUGAAUUGAGGUGGAUAGUUCUGGAUGACCACAUGUCUCAAACUUGAGCAGGUUGGGUGGCAGCAGUGGGAAGGCUGCGGCAAAAGCUGGCUCAAGGUAAAGAGCCAUGCU